AUUCUCGUAAAACAAUAUCACCCUAGGACCUCAUACUCUCCUCCCUCCCUCCUCCCCUCUACCCAUCUUAACACGAGCCGGGCCAGCUGUGCCGUGCUAAUCCACUUAUCAAACAGCUCCAAUCCACAGCUAGGAAGUUCAAGAGUUAUAGUUGGACACUUUCAACACCAUACGCGCGUACUUUUCUGUACCCUAUAGGAGGGGGCGAUCUUUAUAUAGAUAGACCAUAGGGAUACCUCACAAACUUGGCUCCCUUGGCUCCACUUCAACACCCCCUUAGCACAUAAACCGCCCUACCACCCUCCCCCAACGUCACUUUGGACUUUUAUCCCUUCUCGCGUACGAUUUGUACUACCCAAGUUCAACCUUCAACCUCCCAGUCCUUUCCUCUCCACCACCACCACAUCCUCCUCAUACCGAAUCCACCAAUCCACCAAUCCACCAAUCCACCAAUCCACCAAAACAAACAAACCAAAACUUCCCACCACAAUGGCAGAUCAAUACCACCAACAACAACCCUACGGCGCCCCUCAACCCGGCUUCACCGGACCCCCCCAGCCCGGCUACGGCGCUCCACCACAGCAGGGCGGGUAUUAUCCUCAGGCGCCUCCACAGCAGAUGCAAUACCAACAAACCCCUCCCCCCAAGGAGAAGAAGAAGGACCGCGGCUGCCUUUACGGCUGUAUCGCAACCUUGUGCUGCUGCUGGCUCUGCGGAGAGACUUGCGAGUGCUGUCUUGAGUGUCUGACAUGCUGCUUCUAGGCGUAGCUGGGAGCUACCUGCACGGGAGGGGGGUUAGGAAUGCCUGGGCAGCUGAGGACGGGGAUGGGC